AUGGAGGGUCGUCGCGCGGCGACUCUGGGCGUUUCAAUCACCUUCUUCGUCCUCGCUAGUAUAUUCGUCGUGCUUCGCUUUAUUUCGCGCAUCUUUGUGGUCAGGAAAAUUGGGUUGCACGACUGGUUGAUGUUGGUCGCAUGGAUUCUGGAUUUUGGUUUUUCGUUCUCGCUUUUCUUCGCCGUACAGAAAGGUCUCGGUCUUCAUUCCAAUGCGAUCAAACCCGAGGAUGAGCUCGCUUUUAACAAGGCCAACUAUGCGUUUACCGUGCUCUAUAACCCGGCGUUAAUGGCCGUCAAGACCUCCAUCCUCGUCUUCUACCUGACCUUGACACGAAACCAGAAAGUCUUCCGAUGGGCCAACUUUGUCACCCUGGCAGUCGUGAAUGCAGCGGGCCUUGCAUUGACAUUUGUCAAUGUGUUCCAGUGUAAUCCGCUCAACGCCGUGUUUCUUUCCGACGUCCCGCCCAACGCAAGUUGCACCGACAUUGUCACCCUGUACCUCUCGUCUUCCCCGGUGAAUAUCAUCACCGACCUCGCUAUUCUCUUUCUUCCGAUGCCGCUUUUGACCAAAAUGCGCCUUCCCUACAAGCAAAAGGUCAUCCUAGUCGUUACUUUCUCCUUUGGUUUCUUUGUGGCCGUGGUCGACGUUAUUCGGAUUGCUUUUCUCCAGCAGGCAGCUGUCUCGCGCUCCAUGGAGGUCAAAUCGAUUCAUAUUCAGAACAUCGGAGGGGUUGACUUCAGCUGGUAUGCAUCAUUAUCUUUCAUGUGGUCAGUGGUUGAAGUCAACGUCUCGAUAAUUUGCGGUUGCGUCCCAAGUCUCAAGCCUCUUGUGACUCGUCUUGCGCCAAAGUUGAUCAAGAACACCAAUGACACUUCAAAUGGCACGCAAACCGGACCUUAUGCGAACGGAGAAGCAUCUGUUGCAGUGCCAUCGCCGGCUGCAACGCCAGGGAAUCUAGGACUACCAUCACCCUCCCCAACCGGGAGCCACGAAAAAGCAACGCGCAAUGGUAGCAUCUUCACCCGUCGGCGUAGCUCUCGCAGUUCCGAUGAACCAAUUGGCAUUUUGGACUUCUUGGGCCACCCUGAAACUGCAGUGACGCUAGACACGGAAGCAAAUACCCAUACCAGUGCCUCGUACCCGCCUGAUAUCACGUUCUUUGACUUUGUCAACAUGAAAAAACCCGAAAGUAUGCUCAAGCUAAAUAAUCGCGAGUCAAUUGCGCCCAUUGCCUUGACUACCCUUCUGUUCUUCCUUUGGGGCUUCGCAUAUGGAUUACUUGAUAUCUUGAAUACUCAAUUUGAGACCAUCGUCCAGCUAGGGCCAUGGUCUUCAUUGGGACUUCACGGUGCAUAUUUUGGUGGAUACGUGCUUGGUCCUCUCUUGGUUGGUGGACCUGUACUGAAACACUGGGGGUUCAAGUCCACUUUCAUGACCGGUCUAUGCAUCUAUGCCUGUGGCACCCUUAUCUUCUGGCCAUCUGCUGUUCUAACAUCAACACCUGCGUUUAUACUUUCGAAUUUCAUUGUCGGAUUUGGCCUGGCAGUCUUGGAAACCGCGGGGAAUCCAUUUAUCGCACUGUGUGGACCACUUGAGAAUUCUGAAAUUCGACUUAAUAUUUCGCAGGGUGUCCAAGCUGUCGGAAGUGUGUUAUCGCCGCUUUUGGCCAAGAAAGUUCUCUUCAAAGAUGUUCGUGAUGUUGCAUCGCUGGUCGAUGUACAAUGGGCUUAUCUUGGUAUCGCCCUGUUCGACGUGCUGUUGGCAGUGGCAUUUUACUAUCUGCCAGUCCCCGAAGCCUCGGACAAAGACCUGGAAGAAUUGGCAAACAAACGCCGAAAAGACAACAUGACCAAGGUAGUUGGGAUCCCGGUUGUUUGGUUGACUCUUGGUCUGGGUAUUUGGUCUCAAUUCUUCUAUGUGGCCGGACAAGAGGUAUUCUCAACAACACUUGUUCGCUUUGUUGAAGCCGAACACCCGCAUUCCUCUUUGACCUCUUUUGACUUCCUCACAAUCGGCCACAGUGUCUUUGCCGUCGGUCGCUUCCUCGCUGCCUUUGCGCAAUGGUUCUUGAAGCCACGCUGGAUCCUGAUGGUUAACUAUAUCGGCAUGAUCGUCUGCGCCGUCCUUUGCAUGAAGCUCAAUGGCUCUGCAGCAAUUGUCAUGGCAAUGCUAGUCUACCUGUUUGAAAGCGGUACCUUCAGCAUCAUAUUCGCCAUCUCAUUGCGUGGCACAGCCCAACACACCAAGACAGCCGCCGUCAUGUUAACCAUGGCAAUCAGCGGUGGAACAUUCUUCCCCUUUGCAGACUACGCAGCCUACCUAAACAACGGCGAAUCCUACUCCUUCUGUGUUCUUGUGGCGCUCUUCGCUGCCGGCGCCAUAUUCCCUAUCUACCUCAACCUCGUCCCAGCCGUGAAGAAACAGGUCGACCCUGUCCCGAAUGAGUACCUCCGUCGCCACCGUCGCCGAACACGCACCCACCUCGACUCCCUGCCUCGCGAGAAAGACAACCCCUCUCUAGGCGGCGUGUUCUCCCGUCCACGCAGCCUGGUCUCGAAUCCCGACCAUCUGCCUGACCUCCCUCUCCCCGAAGAAAUCCAUCAAAAUUCACUCGCAAAUGACCUCAAUGGCACAAAAUCAAAUCCAAGUUCCCAAUCGUCGUCCAGCUCGACUUCCCGCGUGAACUCAAUUUCAUCGCGCAUUUCAGGUCCUCACCAAAGACCCUCGACCCGAAGUCAUGAUUCAUGA